ACUCGCGCUGACUGGACCUGAAUCAACACUCAAUGAAAUUACAAACCAUAAACUACGAAUCUGAUCAUAGAAGUGGAUGUAUUGCAAGAAUACUACAUUUUGGAUCAUAUUUCUGCGUGUGAAACUGCCUUCACGAACAGGCUGAUGUAGUUUGUGAGCGUGGAUCCCUGACAGAAGAACAGCAGAGUCAGAUGAAAGGAAAUAUAAUAUUCACGGUUUUUAUUUGAUAAAUGUUUUCGGAAAGCACCUUUAGCUCUGUGAUCAUCGGUGCUGAUGGCUGGAUAUACAGAGCUGAGCUCAGGCUUUGUGAGCUGAGGAGAGAGUAAGAUGAAGGUCUGGGGUGUGAUGCUGGCGUGUGCACUGACGCUGAGCUGCGUGUCCUCCGUCCCGAACCCAGCCGGACAGUGCUCUCAAAGACCACAGGACCUACAGAGAAAACCAUACAAACAUCUGCAGCCAAGAAGUCACUCAGACAGCUUUCCCACACCACACUCAGCCUUCACCCACAGACCCAAGAGAUCUCCAAAACGGAGAGGUUUCCUUCGUAACAAGAUGGACAGAAAGAGACCGAGUCGUGACGAGAGAGAGAAGAGCAAAGGAAGAGCGUGUGCACUGAGACAAGUCCAGCUGAAAGUGUCUGAUCUGGGUCUGGGCUACCGGAGUCAGGAGGAGCUGAUAUUCAGUUACUGCAGCGGCGUGUGUAUGAACUCCCUUACAAACUAUGACAAAAUCCUCACCGGCCUCGCCAGCAACGGCAAAAACAUUCUGCGCAGCUCUCCUCCCACCGUCUGCUGCCGACCUGUCGAAUACGACGACGACCUGUCCUUUCUGGAUGACAACCUCAUAUACCACACCAUGAAGAGGCACUCGGCACGGAAAUGUGGCUGUGUCUAAGCAGCUGUGAUAGACAAUGACACCA